GUAGAUAGUUGGAUGAAGGAGGACGAUAAAAAUGUUGCAGUUAUUCAUUGUAAAGCAGGUAAAGGUAGAACUGGUCUAAUGAUUUGUUGUUGGUUAAUGUAUUGCGGUAUGUGGAAAAACACAGAAGAUUCAUUACGUUUCUAUGCAGCACUUCGUACCUAUAAUCAAAAAGGUGUCACAAUUCCAUCUCAAAUUAGAUAUGUUCAUUACUUUGGUAAAUCAAUAAGAGAAAAUAUCAAAUAUGUUCCUCGUACUGUAUUAUUAAAAAAAAUCGUCCUCAAACCACUUCCAAAAGAAAUUAACCUGUCAGAGAUUCAAUUCAAUAUUUCAGUUGGCAAGACAUCUGUUUUUACCUCUAAAGACUCUGUUAAUGUUAUCAUUCACAAAACCGAAAAAAAAAAGAAAGAAAAGAGCCCAAAGGAAUCAAAAAAAGAUAAAAAAGAUAAAAAAUUAUCAAAAGAAAACAGCGAAGCCAAAUUGGAACAUUCCCCAUCAAUGCAAUCAGUUAAUGGUGGUGCCUCACUUAGCAGUAGUACAAAUAACGCCGGUAUGAACACAAUUAGUAGUCAAACUCUCUCACAGUUAGGUGGUAGCCAAUUUAGUUUAAGUGAUUUAGCUGGCGAUGCUUCAAUCAUCGAAGAAUAUAUAGCUUUUGAAAUUGGUAGCCUUCCAUUAUUGGGUGAUAUUAGAAUCGAGUUCACUGACAAAAAUGGUGAUCGUAUGUUUAUGUUUUGGAUCAAUACUUCAUUUGUACAACAACACGAAAGCAUUCCAAAGAUUGGUCUCGAUAAAGCUCAUAAAGAUAAAAAUCAUAAAUCAUAUCCAGAAGACUUCCAUGUUGAACUAUUUUUUGAACAAUUAGAACCAUCACAUACUACAGUUGUUGCCUCAGCUGAGGAACAUUUUCAACAAUACCCACACUCUUCAAACAAUGUAGCAACCUCUUCAUCACAUAAUGAAAUUUUAGAUAAUACAAAUAAUUCUUCACCACAAUCAAAUAUAAAUAAUAAUAAUAGUAAUAAUAUAAGUUUAAAUAGCAGUAAUAAUAAUAUAUCUUUAUCAUCAUCACAAGUUAAACCAAUUGUUGAAACUGAUACUGAAAAAAAAAUAGAUGAACCAACUGUUGUAGAAAAUCAGGAACAAGUACCACCAACAACUAAAGUUGAAGCUGAAAAAGUUGAAAAUAGUAAUGCCAGUGCAAAUGAUAGCGAAACAUCUUCUGAUACAUCAAGUAAUAACUCUAACUAAAAUUUCAAAAAAAAAAAAAAAAAAAAAAAAAAUAAUCAAUAAUCAAUAAUCAAAUUAAUAACAAUAACAAUAAUAAUAAUAAUAAUAAUAAUAUAAACAUAAUAUAAUUGUAUUUUUUAUAAACUUAAAUUUAAUUCUCACUUUUUUUUUUUAUAUUUAGAAAAAAAAUAAAAAAAAAAAGAAUAUUUAAUUUUUUUUCUUAUUUAUU